AUGACGAAGAAGAAGGAGUCUAGUUCAUGUAGCCAUUAUAGCAGCCGAGCCGGCCGGGUGCCUGAGGCUAGGGUUGCUAAGUCCAGUCUCUACGGAGUGGCAGGUUCUGACCGUCCACGCCUCAAUCUUCUAAUUCCAAAACUCCCCUCCUCAUCCGUCUCCAACACACACGAGUUCAAAUUCAAGAGUGGUGCCGGCACAGGAAACAAUGUUGCCACCGCUCAUGCUACUAGUGGCGGCAGCCGCCAGUCACAGUCUUUACGUGCCGGUCGACUACACUAUGGUGAUGUCGGUGGUACCAAGAUACCACCAAAGGACGUGAUUGUAAUUUUAAGUGACGAUAAGUCAAGCGAUGCGACAAAUGCCGCUUUUCUUGUUAAACACAAGGCCGCACGCCCUGAUCACGGAUGUCAACACGAUCCCCGGCCGUUCGCAGAGCCAUGCGAAACGAUGUCGAAGGACGACAUUUCGAAAUGCCUCUUACACGACGAGCGGGAUAAGGCUACCUCUAGACAAGAGAGGGAGACACAACAGAAAUCAGAUGGCAGCUACCGCUCUGCAUCCUAUGAUCACCAUAGCAACGGCGACCAGACGAGCAGCUCAGCCUACCGCCAUCUGCCAGUUCCAGACGAGACCGGAGAGCCGACCAAGAAUGAUCUUGUCAGGUUGCUAUAUAUUCAGGAGCAGCAGGCGAGCCCAUCGGUAGUACCAGACCAUCAGAGCAUUAGCGAACCUAAGCUAGCAGAUGCCCAGUACUAG